UCACGUGACUUCACACGUUGUUUAUAAUCGGCAUAACGGAACAGUCGCAUAACUUCUGUCUUGACAUGUAAAGAUGGCAGAGGCGGCAUUUUCCGAAGACGGAAAAUAUUAUUCUGCGAUUAGCCAAGAUGGUAGAUUAAGGAUAUGGGACACAGAAAAUAAUAUACUCAAACAGGAGUACACGCCAGACCUUCAUUUAACGGCCCCGCCAUCAUGUUUGCAAUGGAUAACUAUUGCGACGUCCAAGAGCCCUGUAAAGAAAGAGAAGCGAAAAUCAAGUAUUUCAGACCAGGAGGCACAAUGUAUAGCCGUAGGAACGACCAGCGGGAAGAUUUUAAUAUAUUCAGUAGCACAAGCGAAAGUGCAAACAGUUUUAGAAGAGAAACUUGGGAAGGAACAGAAGAUAACUGCCUUAGACUGGAACAGAAGAGAUGGUUUAUUUAGUUGUAAUAAGAGUAACUACAUUUGUGAGUGGAAGUUGGGCGCGGGCCAGAGUAACAAUUAUCAUGUGAAUAUGGAUAAUAAGAAUAAAGCAGUCAGCACUAUCAGUGCCAUCAAACUUAUACCUCAUAGUCAGGAAACCAGUGCUAAGUACAUAAUAACAGCGUCAUGGCAGCUCCGAGUGUGGAGGCUCCACGAUGGAGAGGCCACAGUCAUGAAGUGCCUCGGACACAAUGCCUCCAAACAGUCCCUGCUGGCGAUUGCUGCUACUAGUGAGAAGACGUGGGUUAUUGAGGGAUCACAAACGGAACGCCUCCUCGCAUUUUGGGACGUGACUGUGAGCUCCGAGGUGGUGCCGCAGACGAACGGCACAGACGAAGACAUCACGCCAAAUAAGAAGAAGAAGAGGAAAUCUAUAUCAAACUCUGAGAAAGAAAUCAAGACGGUGAACAUUCCCACAUACAACUUCGUAUUGGAGGAUGCUCCAAAGAUGAUAGACGUUGGAGUCAAAGAGGAGGGUGACGUAAAAUUGACCCUGGCAGCCGUCACGAGAAGUGGGGUGAUGCAUUAUUACUCGCACACGCUAAAUGGGGCAUCAGCGAAGCCAAUCAAGCCUAACCUAACUGUGCACAUAACGACGGGAGAGGCCACCCCGCUGCCCUUGGCCUGCUGCCGCCUGUUGUCGCAGUCCAACUUACAAGUCGGAUAUACGCAGGGACCCACACUAAUCUUCGAAAAAAUCACGUCAGACCUCUCCUCGAAGACCCAAGUCCUGAUCCGAGGCGACACCAAACCGAAGAAGAUCAAAGGCAGCACUCCGAACGAGAUCAACAAAGUAGCUGCAACCAGCAGCAAAGAUGCACAAUACCUCGAGCCGAUGGGAGGGGUUACUAGGAAGCGAGUUGCCCCGGGCGCCAAGGUGGAGGUGCCGAUGGAGCGACGGCUCGCCAACCUCACCCUGGACACGGCGGCCAGAGACAAGACCGCCGUCAACCAGAACCUCACCAGGCUACUCAUACAGGGACUACAGUCUAACGACUCUAAUAUCCUGGAGAUGGUGGUGCACGAGUCGAGCCGCGCGGCGGCGGCGCGCACGGCGGCGCAGCUCCCGGCCGAGGUCGUGCCGCCGCUGCUCGACCACCUCGCCGCGCUCGCCACCAAACGUACCGCCACAUGUGCCACAGUAUGUGUAUGGGUGUCCGCCAUCCUCCGCUCGCACGCCGCCCUGCUGCUGGCCACCAUGAACUCGCAGAACGCCGAGCGGCUGGGCAGUCUACUGGCCACUUUCACCAACAGACGCGCGCACCUGUGCCAGCUCCUCAACGUUUCGGGAAGGCUUCAGCUCACGCUGGCACAGCGGGCAGAGAAACAAACAGCACCUGCCGAGGAACCAGUCAUAGACUACAACGACACUUCGGACGAGGAGAUGGAAGUGGAGCGGCAGUCAGCGAGCGACGCCUCCUUCGACGAACAGGAGUUCGACGAUGAUGAUGAUGACAGUGACGAGGAGCGCCCGCGGCGUCGGCAAAAGGUCCAGAACGGCAGUGAUGAGAGCGACAGCGGGGGGGAGUGACAAUAUAUGUUAUGUUAAUUGU